UGUUUAGCCUUUCACAUAUGCCACGUGCCUCUCCAACAACUACUUAUGUUGUUCCCGCUUCAGCUACACUCCAUCAUCACCAUCCAAAAUGAACGAUUCCAUAAUCCUCAAGAAGCGCCAUUGCAUCACUAACCUGAAAACCCUAACACCCCACAUCACCUGCCUCGCCGUCCACCGCAAUCUCCUCUACGCCGCAUCCCUCAACCUCAUCAACGUCUUCGAACUCACCCAUUACUCCCACAUCGACUCCUUCAACCAAAGCCCCUCCUCAGGCUUCGUCAAGUCCAUCACCUUCACCAACUCAAAAGUCUUCACCGCCCACCAAGACCGCAAGAUUCGCGUCUGGCUCAUCACUCCCUCAAAACGACACCGUCUCCUCUCCUCCCUCCCCACCGUAACGGACCGCCUGCGCCGCUGCAUAGUACCCCGAAACUACGUUACCGUACGACGCCACAAGACGAGGCUCUGGAUCAAACAUUCUGACACCGUUUCGGGUUUGGCGGUUAACGAGAGGUUUAUGUAUUCGGUUUCGUGGGAUAGAAGCUUUAAGGUGUGGGACUUGCUGAGUUACCGGUGUUUGGAGUCCGUUAAGGCGCACGAGGACGCGAUUAAUGCCGUUGCUGUUAACGGCGACGGCACUGUUUACACGGCGUCCGCGGAUGGGAGCAUUAAGGUUUGGAGGAGGGACGGCGAGGCGAAACGGCACAAGUUGGUGAGCAACAUAGGGAGGCAGAAGUCAACGGUAAACGCACUUGCGUUGGAGGGUGGUGGGGCGGGGUUGUUUUCCGGCGGUUGCGAUGGCGAGAUAUGCCGGUGGGAGUGUGGGAAGAACGGCAUCGUUGAGAUGGAGACUCUAAGGGGUCAUGGUGGGGCCAUAUUGUGUCUGAUCCACGUGGCGGGGUUGUUGGCGAGUGCGUCAGCGGAUUUAACGGUUAGGAUCUGGCAACGGGAGAGAGGGAGUACUAAUGGGUAUUUUUGCAGGGCUGUGUUGGAAGGGCACGAGAAACCGGUGAAGUCGUUGGUAGCAUUUUCGGACGCUGAGGGUGAGAGAGACUCAAACGCCAUUGUUACGCUCUUCAGUGGAAGCCUUGACGGGGAGAUUAGGGUGUGGGAGCUGUAAUUCCAUUGGUUUGAAUCUGCAUGCCAAGUUCUCUUUUUAAAAUUUUAAAACACUUGCAAGGUUAAUUAAAUCCUCACACUAAUAUAGCUUGGGUUUGCAAUAAUAAAUGCAGACCAUAACUUAUAGUAUAUGGUUUUCUGGUUUUAGUAAGAGAAUAUAAUCGGAUCUCCAAACCAGAUUCCCAAACUUCAUUCUGUGCUAAUUAAUUAAGGUUUGUCACUGAUAUAAUUUUCCUUUCAAAACUUUACUAGUAAAUCACACAAGAAUAAUUAA